AUGAAAUCCAGAUCUUCAUCCGUCUCCAGUGGUUCGAGUAGUUCGAGCGGCUCGAGCAAAUCUGGAGGCUCUGAGGGUUCGAAAGCAGAUGAAGACGAGGCUGCGGACGUCGAGCGCAUAGCCUCGGCCGCGACGUGGGCUCAAGAGGCACUAGGCAUUAAAGAAGAAAGCUUGAACUCAUUGUGGUAUGAACGGCUCGGAGACACUUGUUACGCGUUUUCUGAAUAUGCCGCCGCACGCGACAGGUUUGAGAAAGCCAAAAACUUGCCAGACACUCGUUGGACGGCCAACCAGGGCUGGGCCGUUGCAACCUUUGAGCUCGGCAUGGCCGACAACAGUGAGGAGCUGAAAAUGUUGGCCUGCGACGAGAUGGAGACGGUCCUUACAGUUCUGCGAGGUCUUUUCAAGAGUGGCUCAGCGUCCGACGUUGAGUGCCGGAUGCUCGUGGAGAAUGUGAAGCAACUCGCCUCCUGGCAGAAAGGGCUCAAUCAACUUGAUAAAACACUCGCCCUCUAUCAAGAGGCAUUGGAGGUUGAUCCCUACGAGCAUGGAACACACUGUGAUCUUCUCCAGCUUCUCUACAAACAGAACAAGUUGGAAGAUGCAAGGAAAUCUCUUCUUGGAAGUCCAGGUCAAGACGUUACGACCGGGGUUAGAGACCGAGACACCAGCAUAUUCGUCUCUCUGCUCCAGUAUCUUGCUGAAACCGAAGACGAUGAGGGUCAUCUGGGGGUGAUGAACAUUAUUGUCAUCUUGGCCGGUGCAGACCAAACCUUCAGUCAGUUUACCCUCGAGGCUCUUCAGAGUGCUAUUGUCGAUGCUAGAAAGAACAACAACACGGUUGGCGAAGGCAUACUCCUGCUCUAUCAAGGUAUCAUCCUUGCACGUGGUUCAGCUGAUAACAACCGGAUUCAGCAAGCUGCCCGUAGCUGGGAAGAUUGCAUGUCUCUCUACCUUACCUUUCAAUACCACUUGAUGAGAACCCAGGAUUACGCGGCACGGUAUAUGACACAAUAUUAUUUCAAUCAGUCUAUCAAUCAGUCCAGACAAGUCAGUCUUCAAGGCGGAGACGACGAGCACGAGCAACAUUUCAGCAAGCUAUUGCGCAUCUCACGGCAAUCGGCCAACUGGAGUCACAGUUUCAAGCCAGAUUCCUAUCUUGCCGCGUGCUACGUGCAACAAGGCAAGCUCGACAAGGCGCGGGCGCUAUUCAUGGACGAUAUGAUAAUGGCAUUGGAAAUCCUGUCAGAUCAAGACCCGGACAAUGAUUAUUACGGCUACAAAUAUCUGGCCAAUAUUCUCAUGCACGUCGGUGAUGAUCUUAACGCCCUGAGUGCCUGGUCCCUUCUUGGCCCUAGCGAUUUGUUCCGCAGCAAGGAGGAAGAUGGGCAUUCAGAGUCAGAAGGAGCCAAGGAGUCAGAGCCAGAGCCAGAGCCAGAGAGCGUUGAAGACACCCGAUCUAUAUCAGAGGGCCAACACGAACACCAGCGCGAAGGACCACUCACAUACCGAUGCGACGGUGGCUGCGGUCACUAUUGGACAUAUGCCUCGGACAUGUACAUCUGCCGCUUUUGCCCGGACACCCAAUUCACGGGAGACUGUCUCGAGAAAGUGAGAACGGGCAAGCUGGAACGCUUCAUCUGUCAUCCCGUUCACAGUUGGCUGCAUGUGCCGGUGUGGAGCGAUGAAGAGGCUCUUGCCGUCGGCCAGGGAAGGGUCAAAGUGCGUGGUUCUCUGGUCGAUGGCCAAAGAGUCGGAGGGGAGGUUGUCGACAUCAAAGACUGGCUCGACGAGUUGCGUGAACAAUGGAAUGUGCCGAGCCUCUAA